AAGUCACCACCAGCAUCAGAGUGUGACCGGCAGCUGCGACACCGCCCGGCUAGUAGCUGCUCUCUGUGAUUCCUUCUCUCCAGACAUGAGCAGCCCGGAUGGUGGAUACGCCAGUGACGACCAGAUCCAGGGAAAGUGCUCAGUGCCAAUGAUGAUGCCCGGGCUGGGGCAGUGCCAGUGGGCUGAGACCUUGACCACCAUGGGGGAGACUAAGGUGAAAUGUGACUCAGGAUCUGCCAACCCCAGGGGCAAAGCCGAGGCCCGGAUCCGCCGUCCUAUGAAUGCGUUCAUGGUCUGGGCUAAAGAUGAGCGCAAGAGACUGGCCCAGCAGAACCCGGACCUGCACAAUGCGGAGCUCAGCAAGAUGCUUGGGAAGUCCUGGAAAUCUCUGACACUGCCUGAAAAGCGCCCAUUUGUGGAGGAAGCGGAGAGGCUGAGAGUACAGCACAUGCAGGACCACCCGAACUACAAGUACAGACCCAGGAGGAGGAAGCAGGUGAAGAGGAUGAAGAGGGCAGAUAAUGGCUUCAUGCACAUGUCAGAGCCUACUGACCCGGCAGUCCUGGUUAGUGAUGGGAGGAUGUGUGUAGAGAACUUUAGUCUGGGGUAUCCUGAGCAGUCCUAUCAUCACAGCCAGCUGCCCCAGGCCGGUCACUACAGAGAGCCCCAGGUCAUGGGUGCUCACUAUGAAAGCUACAGCUUGCCCACACCAGAAACAUCACCCCUGGAUAUAGCUGAAACUGACCCUGUGUUCUUCACAUCUUCUGCCCAAGAAGAAUGCCAGAUGAUGCCCUACAGCUACAACACUCCAUACACUUCCCACCAGCAAAGCCCUGCCAGCACCAUGCUGGGCAGACAUAUACCACAGGCUGAGCAGAUGGGGCAUGGGAGCCCCGUACAGAACAUGAUGGGAUGCCAGACACCCCCACAGAUGUACUACAGCCAGAUGUACAUGCCUAGCGCUGACAGGCACCGUCCGGUGGCACAAGCUGGACAGCCCUCCCCUCCACCAGAGCCACAGCCUUUGGUGGGUAGAGUAGAACAUGUGCAGCAGGCUGAGAUGCUGGGUGAGGUGGACAGGACUGAAUUCGAGCAGUAUCUCAGUUAUAUGGCAAAGACAGAGAUAGGAAUGCAUUUCCAUGGACAGGAGCAGGCAGAGAAUGGCGGCCUGAUAUCAUCUGUGCUGUCAGAUGCCAGCACUGCAGUCUACUACUGCAACUACCCAAAUGUAUGAGAGACUUCUUCCCGCAGUGCCAGCUCCCACUCCACAGUCAUUCCCAGCCCCGGCUAGCUAGGUCGUUUCAGACUAUUAGAGAUAUAUGGGAAGAACUUGAAAUAAUGUUUGCAGCGACUAAUUUAUGUAACUUAUUUCAUAUGAACUGAUGUGUCUUUGGUUUGGCAAUACCCCUCACAUUAAGAUCAAAUCACAUUUGAUCUUUUAGUCUUCAUUGAAUGCAAUGCAAAAAAAAUUCUGUGUACAUGUACACGACCUCUUUGUAUACUACAUUUUGUGUAUUUUUUUAAAUAA